CACUUGAAGGAGACUCUUCAGAUGUGCGGCUGUGUGUGGGGAAGAAAAGAAAAUACUUUCUUUCUUAAUUAAAAUCCCAUUAAUUUAUUUAUAAUAAUGAAGGAACUCUCCCCUGAUGCCUUGCUGCUGUCUUUUGCACAUUUAUGUUUCCUAUGUAGUUUUCUUGACGGGGCUCGCGCUCAGGAGGCUGCAGGUGAUGACGAUGCGCUUCGGCAGGGGUUGACAUGGCAACACAACGGGCAGGUUUUUAGCAUCCUGAGCCGCGGCUCUCAGUACCAGCCGUCCGGUAGGAGGCAACCCGGGUCGCCCCGCCGCGGUAACCCUGUGGUCCUCCUCAGCAGCGGUAACGACACGGUCCCCGCCGCUUCCCGGGGCUCCCCGCGGGUCCCCGUCACCAGCGGCACUGCGCAAUUACGCGCGAUGAUGCGUCAACAGCCGCGGCCUCAGCAGCAGCAGCCGCCGUCCGGCAGCGACGGAGACUCUGCCCCGGUCAGACGGGAGGACAUGAUGGUCGGAGAUGAUCCAUACGACCCGUACAAGGCUUCUAACUAUUACCCCUAUUAUAACUACUACAACUCGUACUACAGACCCAGACCCAGGGCUCAGCCCCGACAUGGAUACGGAACCAGCUACCACCAGAACGGUCUCCCUGAUCUGGUUCCUGACCCAUACUACAUCCAGAUCGCCACCUACGUCCAGAGAAUGCCCAUGUACAACCUCCGCUGUGCUGCUGAGGAGAACUGCCUCGCCUCCUCCUCCAUGUCCUCCCACGAUUAUGACACCAGAGUUUUGUUGAGGUUUCCUCAGAGGGUGAAGAACCAGGGAACCGCUGACUUCCUGCCCAGUAAACCUCGAUAUGCCUGGGAGUGGCACAGCUGUCACAAUCACUUCCACAGCAUGGACGAGUUCAGCCUGUACGAGCUGCUGGACGCCCACACUCAGAGCCAAGUAGCCGAGGGUCACAAGGCCAGCUUCUGUCUGGAGGACACUUCCUGUGACCCAGGAUACUACCGCCGCUUCGCCUGCACCUCACACACGCAGGGUUUGAGUCCAGGUUGUUAUGACACCUACAACGCUGACAUUGACUGUCAGUGGAUCGACAUCACUGACGUCUCUCCUGGAAGAUACAUCCUCAAGGUGACAGUAAACCCCCGGCAGCAGGUUCCAGAGUCCAACUUCAACAACAACGUAGUUCGUUGUGACGUCCAGUACACCGGCACCGCCGCUCACGUGUCCGGAUGCACCAUGACAUCCUACUGAGAUGAAUUCAUGUAAGCUUGAAAAUGAACACAAACGGACAAAACGGGGAACGCUACAGAAGAAUGAAGCUUAAAGUCGCACCUGACGUAAUUAAUUCAAUUAUAACCCGGUUAAAGCAAAAACUGAUUAUUAGACCUGUCGUAAAACAAAUGAACCAGAUUAUUUUAGUCGAAAUGAAGUCAGGAUUUUCAGAUUGUUUUUUUACAUUUUUUGUCCCCAAACUGAAUUUAACCAAAAAUACCACGAGAUGGAGACAAAAUGAGUUGCUGAUGUAAAUCCUGCUCAGACUUACAAACUAAUGUGUCUUUUUGUUGGUGAAUGCUGUAUAGAGUGUAUAUCCAUAGUACACAGUGUGUGUACUUGUUCUUGACAACCACACAUACCUGCAGAGCUGUAUAUAGGCGAGCUCACAUCUCAUGUUAUCAAUCUGCAUUAUCAAAUUAAUAAAGCUUGCUUGAAUGU